GAGACAGAAAAGGUAGCUUUGUCAUCUGAAAGCUUUCUAUCCAUUUCCUACAUCUAGCUCCAGCCUUCCGCCGCUCUCAACUCUCAGGCUUAUCUUCCUCUUCCUCCCCCUUCUUCCCCAACCACCCCCCAAAAGCAAAAGGAAAAAAAAAAAAAAAAAGGAAUGGCUGGAAUUGCUUUCGGACGGUUUGAUGAUUCAUUUAGUGUAGGGUCUCUCAAGGCAUAUCUUGCUGAAUUCAUCUCCACAUUGGUUUUCGUCUUCGCCGGAGUUGGUUCAGCCAUGGCCUACAACAAACUGACAUCAGACGCGGCUCUUGAUCCUUCUGGGCUUGUGGCAGUCGCAGUUUGCCAUGGUUUUGCUCUCUUUGUUGCAGUCGCCAUUGCAGCCAACAUCUCCGGCGGCCACGUCAACCCCGCCGUUACUUUCGGUUUGGCUCUGGGGGGUCAAAUCACCAUCCUCACCGGUCUCCUAUACUGGAUUGCUCAACUUUUGGGCGCAAUUGUGGCUUCCUACCUUCUCAAAGUUGUCACUGGAGGCUUGGCUAUUCCAAUCCACAGUGUUGCCGCCGGGGUAGGAGCACUUCAAGGAGUUGUGAUGGAAAUCAUCACCACCUUUGCUUUGGUUUACACAGUCUAUGCCACGGCAGCUGAUCCAAAGAGGGGUUCACUGGGUGUCAUUGCCCCAAUUGCCAUCGGUUUCAUUGUCGGUGCCAACAUCUUGGCCGCCGGACCAUUCUCCGGUGGAUCAAUGAACCCAGCUCGCUCCUUUGGACCGGCCGUGGCGAGCGGUAACUUCAGCGGCAACUGGAUUUACUGGGUUGGACCCCUCAUUGGUGGUGGCUUGGCCGGUGUCAUCUAUGGCUAUGUGUUCAUGCAGCAUGACCAUGCUCCUCUUGUUAGCGUUGUUUAAAUUAUGACAAUUUGUCAUUAUUCCGUUGGUUUUCUCUCCCCAACAAAAAACCAUUACAAAAAAAAAAAAAAAAAGUAUGGCCAAAUUUGUGCUAUUCUUUGCUUUUCAUUCUUGGUGUGUAGCUAUGAAUCCAUUUCUGCCAAGAGUUGUCUUCUUAUCUUUUGAAACGAAAGGAUGAUAUUUCAACC